UUUUAAAUAUACAAUAGCCACUUUUUUAAAUUUUCGGAUUGGUGAUUAUUCGUUGUUAGAAGAAAGGUCGAAAGAUGGUAGGAGUAUCGAAUAGAAAAAUUUAAUUUAAAUUAUAGUUUGAAUAACUUAUUUCUAUUCUGAAGAGACAAUAGAAAAGUUGUUCUAACAAAUGAAAAUUAUUUCUAACUAUAAAAUAUGAAAUAAUUGUUCGUCCACAUAGAUGUAAAGUAAAGAAAUUAAUCUAACGUCGAAAUUAUAAAUAAUACAUGGUGUUUCUCAAGUCGUCUGAUAAAAUGUACAAUCAACAACAUUUAUCUUUACAUUCGAUUGAUACUUAUUUUGAACCUUUUUUAAAUAGUGUUUUAAGUAAAGAUAGAUUAGGAGUAGGAUGGGGUGUAAUAAAACUAGAUUCUAUAUUUUCUAGUUGUGGAAAAACAAAAGGAGAUAGUUUUAAAUUAUCAAUUCCUUAUGCUGGUCAGAAUCUUGUUUGGAAUGUGUUAUUCGAUAGUCAAUAUCCUGAAUUAGGUCCUGAUUUUAUAUUUAGUGAUGAGACAUUUUUAAUGGAUCCAGAUAUUGAGAAUUUAUCAAGAUAUGUACCUAGUCUUGCUAAGUGGGAUUAUAAAAAUAAUAACGCAUUAUUAAAAGUUAUUGUUGAACUUUUAUCCUACUAUAAAGAACAUCAAGUACAGUUAUUGAAAAAGCAAGGACAACGUUUGAACUUAGAAUAUAGUAUGUUAAUAGAAACAGUACCUCAAGAAGACAUUGAAGUAAUUUUGUUACCAAUGGGAACAAAACCAAUAGAAGCUUAUUUUUCCAUACGUUUGGAUAUAGAUUUUUCUCAGUUACCUACUCGAAUCAAUCAAUCACAGAAUGAUGCUGCUAUGCUCUUAGUCACAUUUUGUGGACCAGAUUGGAAUUGUGUUGUUCCAAAUCUUUAUUUAUCACAAAGUUUAGAAGAGACAUUUUCUGGUGCAGCAUCAUUACAUAUACCUCCUUUUUUACCCAAUAGUUAUUUAACAGCUUAUAUACCAAAAGUAAAAGAACUUAUUAUGGAUAAGAUAAAUACAAUAGUUCAGUGUUAUGAAAGUAGAAAAAAAUUUGUGUCAGCUUUACUCUUAUUACAAAGAGAUUCUAUUAUUGAGUAUGAUGCUGUUGAAUUUCACGAUAUCACUCUGCUUUUAGAACAUAGAGAUUUUUACUUUUUGGUGCAUUUUCAUCUUACAUCAAUGUUUCCAAUGGAAAAACCAUCAAUAAAAUUGCAAUCUGUUUAUCAUAUGACAGCACAAGGUAAUUUAUACAGUGAAGAGUUAAACAAUAACUAUAAUUGUUCAAUAAUUACAAAUAUUCAACGUUGGAAUCCACGACAAAUGAUUAGUAAAAUACUAAUGUAUAUUAUAGAAAAGGAAGUUCCUAAGUUUCAAGAAAAGUCUACUAAAAAUAACCGGUUUUAAUCAAUUGUUUGAUAAAAUAUACUUAUGUAUUAAUAUUUUAUGAUUUGUUAUCCAGAAAAAAGUUGGUAUUUAUCUAUGAAAGAAAUUAUAUUAUUUACUUUGUUUUAAUAAAAUAUAGUAAUCUUACUUUUA